CCCACAGCACCUGGUAUUGGCUCCUGGGGCCCAGGAACGGGGCGUGGCCGCCCCCCUCAGGGGAUAUAGGGCCAGGGAGCAAAGAGACGGGGCGACUACCUGGGAGGCCAGAUGACCGCAGUGAUACUGCUCGUCUCCCUGCUUGCAGGGGCAGCUGCCCUGGCCCUGCCGGGGGAACCCCCUGAGUGCCUGCAGGGCCCUGAGUUUUGGUGCCGGGACAUGGCCACAGCAAUCCAGUGCAGCCAGCUGCAGUUUUGCCUGGAGUACGACUGGGACGAGCUGCCCGAGGGCGCUGACGAACGGCAACCCCUGGUGAGGUGCUUCGUGUGCAAAAAGGUCAUCAGCAAGCUGAAGAGAAUGGUGUCCAACACGCACAACAUGAGCAGCGUGGCAAUGGCCAUAAAGAAGAUCUGCUCCACCAUCAUCCCCGGCUGGGCAGGCAAGUGCCACCGGGUGGUGGAUAAGUACGUGCAGCCCAUCGAGGACGGGCUGGGCAAGAACGAGGAGCCCGGCAAAAUCUGCACCUCCAUCAGCAUGUGCAAGAGCCCGGGCCACCCAGGGUGGCAGGAUCCUGGCCUGCACCGGGCCCCGGCUGCAGAGAGCCUGGUGGAUGCCUCGGGACCGUGACGCCCUCUGCCAGAUGGCGCCUGAGCUCUGGGUGGCCAGGGCAGAGCGGAGCCCCUGCAGCGCCCGUAGCCCUGGCCAGGAGGGGCUGCCCCCAGCUGUGACACCCGGCCGGGAACCUGCCUUUGCUGCCCGGCCUUUCAAUAAAGCUUCUGCCUGCAUGCAAA